AUGACUCUUCUUGGAGAUAAUGCGGUUGCUGCAUUGAGGGUCAUCACUGGGACAGCCAGGACAGCCCCACAGGCGAAAAUCGGUUCGGUUUGCCGCCCAUCUGGGCGGUCCAUGCCGUGCCCAAGGUCAACCCGCGUAAGGCAAAUCAUAUCAACGUCUACGUUGCUAGGAACUUGCAGUCUUCUAUCGUCUAUUCACUCGUUCUCAAUUACAAUGGCUUCCGUAUAUGUUGGAAAUCUCCCAUACCAAGCCACUGAGCAAGCCCUUGGAGACUUUUUCAGCCAAGCUGGUCAGGUCACCAACGUUAAGAUUGUUUACGAUCGUGAGACCGGUCGCAACAAGGGCUUCGGAUUCUGCGACUUCGCCGAUCAAGCCAGCGCCGAGAACGCCGUCAACACCCUCAAUGGCGCGGACUUCAAUGGUCGUUCGAUUCGUGUGAACUUCGCCAACAAGAACUAA